AUGCCGUACAGAGUUGAAGUUGCACAAGAUGACGACCUUCCCGAACUAAUGAAGGUCCUCUGGCUCAGUUUUGAACAGCCAUACCAAGGAAUACUACGCAAUUUCUUCCCCAUACUCAACAAUGACCGCGAGGCCAGUUUGAUUAAAGCUACCAACGGGCAGCGUGAAGAAUACAAGUCCUCAUACCCGGAGCUUAUCUGGUUGAAGGUUCUCCAGUAUUCAGACAAUACCGCAGAAGAAGAGCUGGAAGACGGAAAGGGGCAAAGGGGAGGAGAGAAGCACAUGAGUCAAAUUGUCGGGGGCGCAAAAUGGUACUUUUUCCAAAGGAAUCCCUUUGUUCCACAACCAGGCUCCGAUCAUGACCCUGCUACUGAAGAGGCUGUCUGGUAUCCAGAAGGUGUAGGCAGAACAUUUGCAACAGCAGCAAUGCAUGCCCUCGACCUGCCGAGGAUGCGCAUGGCCCAGAAACCUCAUUCAUUCCUCAACAUUGCAUUCACCCUCCCCGAGCACCGACGAAAAGGAGUCGCGAAUCUAUUUCUCAAAUGGGGUCUCGCACACGCCGACCAACUCGGUCUGGAUAGUUGGCUUGAUGCGUUUGAGCUUGGUGUACCGGUCUACGCGAAGAUGGGAUUUAUUGCCUACGGAUUGAACAAAAUCUCGCCCGUUAUGCCCCCAGAAUACACUUCCGAGCAGAAACUUGAGUGGGAAUGGAUGGAGAAGGAAAUACUUCCUAUGGAUUCCGUAACGAUGUGGCGGCCUGCUGGGGGUAAAUUCGUGAACGGUGAAAUGGUCACACCAUGGGCGAGCUAA